GUGAUUUGCUUUUACUGCUACGUUAAUAUAAAGCCGUCGCAUCAUUUAAUGGUGGAACAGAUGCCUGGUUUAUUAUGAGAAUGGUAAUUACUCAUUCACUCGUAACCUGCUACAUUGUUUAAUCUCUCUGCAUUGUAAGUUAUCGUGGUGUAUGUUUCCGAACCGGCGUCUUCUCAUUGGGCAUCUAUUCUACAUUGAAUCGUGGUUUCAUGUUGGCAUCCUGUAGACUGAUUUUGGGGCGAUGGAAAGCUGCUGAUCCUGACUCAAGCUCCAGAAUGCUCAGAAAAGGUUGGAGGAAGUUGUGGCAGUCUUGGAGACCCUAUACUGGCGCAGUGCCUCAAAGCCUUGAUUCUGAACUCAGAAUACCAACUCAAAGUGAGAAAGUCCUUCACACACCGGUUAUGCUCAAAGAGGUGCUGCAUUGUUUGGACACCCAACCAGGGCAGGUGGUCCUGGACUUGACCUUUGGGGCGGGAGGUCAUUCGAAGGCCAUUCUGCAAUCAGUGCCGGGUGUAACAGUGGUGGCUGUAGAUCGUGACCCCUUGGCCUUCCAACUUGCUCAGCAUUUAGCUCAAGAAUUCCCGGGCCAGGUGAAGCCAGUUCUAGGAAGGUUCAGUGAGCUGGAUAACCUGCUACCAGCAUUGGGUUUAGGCCCAGGACGUGUGGAUGCUGCCCUUCUAGAUGCUGGCUGCUCCUCCAUGCAGAUGGACACAGCAGAGAGAGGCUUCUCCCUCAGCAAAGACGGACCCCUAGACAUGAGGAUGGACGGAGACAGGUACCCCGACAUGCCCUGCGCGACUGACGUGGUCAAUGCCUUAGAUCAACAGGCGCUUGCGUCCGUGCUGGCUGCGUACGGGGAGGAACGGCACACCAGGAAAAUUGCGGCGGCCAUCGCACAGGCACGCAGCGUCUACCCCAUCGGCCGGACCCUGCAACUGGCCAGCAUCGUAGCAGGAGCGUUUCCAGCCAGCGCUCUGUUUGCCCGCCGCGACCGGCUGCAGAGACCUUCACACGUGGCCACCAAAACCUUUCAGGCCUUACGGAUAUUUGUGAACGAUGAGCUGAACGAGCUGCACGCCGGAUUGUAUAUGGCGCAGACCCUGCUCCGUCCCAAGGGGCGACUCUGUGUUCUCACCUUCCACUCCUUGGAGGAUCGGCUGACCAAACGCUUCCUCCGUGGAGAGGACCUGGCCGCACCGCCGCGUCUCAGCAUUCGGCAGCGAGCCAAAGCUCGGCGUGAGGCAGUGGAAGAGGAGCGUGAGAAGGAGGAAGAAAGUGAAGAUGAGGAGAAGGGACUAGAGGGCGCGUAUUGGGUCAUCCCUCAGAAGAAGGUGAUGAAGCCGAGUGAAGAAGAGGUGCAGGAGAACCCGAGAGCACGGUCGGCUAAACUCAGAAUGGCUGUAAGACGAUAGAGAACGUUGCUCUUAUCUUGUAACAACUGAGAUCAGAGAUUCUCUCAGAGAAACUUUUAUCCAUGUUUGGGUUCACCAUCGUUUUGAAAGUGCACAAAAUAAGACAUUUCGUAUGGGAUCAAAUUAUUUAUGAGGUUCUGAAUGAAGUUCAUGUAGUCAAUUAUAAACUAUCGUCCACAGAGUAUGACGAGUCGAUUACUGAUCUCUAUAUACAGCAAAUUUCCUAAAGCCACAUACAAAAUCUCCUAAAACAAUUCAAGAGAAACUACCGGCCUGAAUGGUCUGUGGGUGUUCAAGGUUGAGUUCAUCGCCUACCUGCUGAGUAACUGCCACCCAAUUACACCAAUAAAUAUACUUUACCACAUUACUGGCUCUGUUACUUCAGCUCAUAGCCAA